AUGUGGCAAAUAUUUCGUGAUAUCCGAUGGCUGUGGAUGCAAUUGUUGUGUCUGCAAGUGCUCUUCGUGAAGUGCGGCAUGUCCAUUUACUUCUUCAACCCAUACAUGCCACCCACCUAUGGAUUCACCCUCGACAACUCCAUCGACCACUACACUAAUCUCAUGCAGAACAUCUCGCAGCACAUGGGCGGACUCAGUGCCUACCCAAAUACACUAUUUGGCUUUCCCUCACCGCCCUCCUCGGCAAACACAGUGAAAGAGUAUGAUUUCAUAAUUGUGGGCUCAGGACCGGCUGGCUGUGUGUUGGCGAAUCGCCUGUCAGAGAAUCCAAAUUGGAAAGUGCUCCUCCUCGAAGCCGGCGGCCUGGAAACCAUUUUCCACGAUAUUCCUCUCCUGGCCGCUUAUCUGCAGUCAACAGCCUCCAACUGGGGAUAUUUGACAGAACCCGAGCCCGGAGUUUGUUGGGGAAUGUAUGAUCAAAAGUGUGCCUUUCCGAGAGGAAGAGUUCUGGGUGGUUCGAGUUCCAUCAACUACAUGAUCUACAACAGAGGAAAUCGUCGCGACUAUGAUAGAUGGUCUCAAGAGGGAAACUACGGAUGGUCGUAUAACGAAGUCUUGCCGUACUUCUUGAAAACCGAGCGAUCCAUGCUCAAGGGAUUGGAAAGCUCACCUUAUCACAAUAGAUACGGCGAGUUGAAUGUCGAAUAUGUGCCAUACAGAACUCCUGCAGCAAGAGCCUUUGUCAAGGGUGCUCAACAGGCGGGAUAUGCAAAGCUCGACUAUAAUGGCGAGAGUCAAGUUGGAACAUCCUUCGUACAGGCAACAACAUAUAGAGGAGUUCGUCACAGUGCUUCCAGUGCCUUGCUGAGACCUAUCAAGAAACUUCGACCCAAUCUGAAGAUCCUGAUCAAUGCUAGAGUGACGAAAAUCCUCAUUGAUCCCGAAUCAAAGGCCGCCUAUGGCGUGGAGUACAUUAGGAAUAAGAAAACCAGGACAGUUCACGCCAGCAGAGAGGUCAUUGUCUCCUCGGGAACCUUCAACACACCACAACUCCUAAUGCUCUCGGGCAUUGGCCCUGCAGACCACCUAAAUGAACUUGGCAUUCCAGUGAUUGAAGAUCUGCCUGUGGGCAAAGUAAUGUACGAUCACAUGAGUCACAUCGGACUCAUAUUCACUGUCAACACAACAGGAAACACGCCGGCCACGAAUCGCAUCACUCUCAAGCAAAUCACCGAUUAUCUCCACGGCAAAGGUCCUUUCACCAUGAUUGGAGGCGUUGAGGCGCUCACAUUCUACAAAUCUCCCAACAGUCUGGAUCCACCAGACUGGCCAGACGCCGAAAUCAUCACCAUCGGCGGAAGUCUGGCGUCAGAUGAAGGAACAGGUGUUCUGCGAGGAAUGAAUAUCAGACAGGAAAUCUAUGACACAAUAUGGAGACCACUCGAAACCUUACCAACAGAUCACUGGUCGGCUUUUGUUAUGCAAUUCAGACCCAAAUCCACUGGUCAAGUGAGAUUGCAAGACACUAAUCCACUGAGUUGGCCCAAAUUGUACCCAAAUUUCUUCCAAUACGAAGAAGAUUUGGAAAUCUUACUUGAGGGGACAAAGGAAGUCAUCAGGAUAUCUCAAACACCAGCCAUGCAAGCGAUAGGAACUCGAAUUUGGGAUAUUCCACUGCCAAAUUGCGCUCAUCUUCACUUCGGCACUGACGACUACUGGAGAUGCUCAAUAAGAACUUUAUCGUGCACUCUUCAUCAUCAAGUCAGCACUUGUCGAAUGGGACCCACCAAUGAUCAGACUUCAGUUGUGAAUCCCGAAUUGAAAGUUCAUGGCAUUCACAGACUUCGCAUAGCCGAUAACAGCAUAUUACCUCAUCCAAUCACAGGACAUACAAACGCUGUGUCCUUCAUGAUUGGCGAAAAGUGUGCCGAUAUGAUAAAAUCCGAUGCGGCGCAGGGAAGAUUGGAAAAGUUAAAGAUUACAUUUCUAUCGUGA